UGGUGCGGUGGGGUCAAGAUGGCGGCGCCUUUGAGGAUUCAGAGCGACUGGGCCCAAGCCCUCAGGAAGGAUGAAGGGGAGGCCUGGCUGAGCUGUCACCCCCCAGGGAAACCAACUUUGUAUGGCAGCCUCACCUGUCAAGGAAUUGGCCUUGAUGGCGUUCCAGAGGUUACAGCUUCGGAAGGAUUUAUUGUGAAUGAAAUAAACAAGAAGAGCAUUCAUGUUUCAUGUCCAAAGGAAAAUGCAUCUUCAAAGUUUUUGGCACCAUAUACUACUUUUUCCAAAAUUCAUGCAAAGAGUAUAACAUGCCUGGACAUUUCCAGUGGAGGAGGCCUUGGUGUGUCUUCUAGUGCUGAUGGGAGCAUGAAAGUCUGGCAGGCUUCCAAUGGAGAGCUCAGAAGAAUAUUGGAAGGGCAUGUGUUUGAUGUGAAUUGUUGCAGGUUUUUCCCAUCAGGCCUUGUGGUUCUGAGUGGGGGAAUGGAUGCCCAGCUGAAGAUCUGGUCAGCUGAAGAUGCUAACUGUGUGGUGACCUUCAAAGGUCAUAAAGGAGGUAUCCUAGAUACAGCCAUUGUUGAGCGGGGGAGGAAUGUAGUAUCUGGUUCUCGAGAUGGAACAGCACGACUUUGGGACUGUGGGCGGUCAGCCUGCCUGGGAGUCAUCGCGGACUGUGGUUCUUCCAUCAAUGGAGUGGCUGUGGGUGCUGCUGACAACUCCGUCAACCUCGGCUCGCCUGAGCAGACGCCCAGUGAACGGGAGGUUGGAACAGAAUCGAAAAUGCUGCUGUUGGCCCAGGAAGAUAAGAAGCUUCAGUGCUUGGGACUGCAGAGCAGGCAGCCGAUAUUCCACUUUAUUGGCUCAGAUGCCUUCAACUGCUGUACUUUUCUCUCUGGCUUCUUGCUAUUGGCUGGGACACAGAAUGGAAACAUUUAUCAGCUGGAUGUGAGGAGUCCGAGGGCUCCGGUACAGGUCAUCCACAGAUCAGGAGCUCCAGUUCUGUCCCUGCUGAGAUUCAGAGAUGGAUUCAUUGCAAGCCAAGGUGACGGAAGCUGUUUUGUUGUCCAGCAAGACCUAGACUAUGUCAUUGACCUCACUGGGGCUGACUGCGACCCUGUGUACAAGGUAGCCACGUGGGAGAAGCAGAUCUACACGUGCUGCCGAGAUGGUCUUGUGCGGCGCUAUCAGCUCUCUGACCUCUGAUUCCUCGGAAAGAGAAGUCCUGGUCAUCGAAAACCAUUGACCCCAAUCAACAGUGAGCAGAAACAUCAUCAGUCCUUCCCAAGAGCCAUGCCCUUUAUUGUCUUGGGCACCCUUUGGAAGUCACAGAAAGCCAACUCCAUCAGCCCUGCGCAACUGUCAUUCCACAACAAGACUCAACUUGAACUGAGCAAAGAGCUCAGAUGUGCUCACUGCAUUUGUCCCAACUUCUUGUGUGAAGUCACCCCUGCAACACAGGGUGAGGUUAUGGAUUGCUUGCCAUUUGAUCUCACACCAGUUGUGUUAAAUGUUUACGGGACCAGAGGACUAAAGCCUGUUCCCUGAAGGAAAUAAAGAGAAUAUGUUUGAAGGAGUCUGAA